GUCCUGAGGAGGGGAAGGCUUUUGGAACGUACUUGCAAUCGAUGCACGAGACAUGGUUUUCGUCCGAUUCGCGAGCAGUAGGUAUUGGAAAGUACUCGAGCUGCAUGCCCCGACUCCCACAAAGAUGGAGGAUGAGCUUGUUGUUUCGCGGAUAAUAACUUGCGGAACAGCCCCAAAGGCGAAGUAGGUACUGGCUAGUGGCCUACAAUCGCAGUCUUGCAUUUCUGGGCCAUUAAGACGUGGGACCCCUAUAUCUAUUCACAGCCUGGAUAAGAUCUGCGUCGACAAACGUCCAAGCGCAGGAAUUGAACUCCCCUAUGCCCUCCUCGACCACGACCUCCACUUGCUGGACAUCAAUACUCUCCAGUGUGCAGGUUGUUGAACCUGUCCCGCACUCCCGCUGUCUUUUUCGGAAGGCGGGUAUUCGUUCGAGGUGCGCAGGAAUGCCCCAGCGACGUCUGCUCUCCUCGUCAAUCACGGUCAAGCUUUAAGCUCGACAGUGGAAUUCCGCCUCUCGGUCACUAAAGUAAGAAACGCCCGAGCUCCCACAUCUUCGGGCUCUCGAGGUACGUGGGGCCUAGCAGCCCUGCGGGUGCUUGUUUCCAGGUCUUCGUUUUGAACUCACCACACAUCAUCUCGGUUUCUGGACAUGAUGAUAUUCUGUUCUCCUUUGGCGACAGCCUCUCAAGUAUGACCUCGGAACAUAUGAACCUCCAAAACGAUGGAGCGAACGAAUUAUUGACAGACCGAAUGAUCUACUCGUCGCCAUGGCCUUCAUCCCUCAUGUCUUCGCUGUGAUACGAGUGGUCCCUUAAACCCCAAAAUUCGCUUAUUUCUCCACUCCCAUCAAUCAAGAAGGAGUUGGUCUAAAAGUGGAGAAAUCAGCGAGUCGAAAAUCUAAAAUCAAUUAUUUAUGACCUCUAGCAUCAAGCGGAAUCUGAAGCCUUAGAUCGAGACGCUAAUUGGCAUGGGGAGCUGUCGGGUCCAUCUUCACGAGAGGAAGAAAGUCUGGAUCUUGCGCUCACCAGCCGCAAGAAAAGCGAACGAAAGCGGCCGACAGGCUUCAGAGCUGACAAGAGUCAAAUCGAGAGUCCAAAGGGGAACCUUUUUCUUCGGUAUUUGUGUACUUAACGAGCGUUAUUGUUCGCGUCCCAGAACCAAAAACGAAUCAGAUCGGUCCCGGUCAGACUGCGGUUACGCAAGCGGGCGCCUGGAGGAUUCCGCAUGGAUUCUCCCCGCGGUCCCCCGGAUUCGAAGUUCAGACCGCUCUAGAUCCGCGGGUCCGCGCUCCUGCCUGCCACAGCGUGGGCUGCUCCUCCUGGGCCGUGUGCCCGUUCCUUGUUUAAGAUCGGAUCUGAGGAGCGCUCGUGGUCGCCGGGCUCGCUAGCGGCAUUCAACGUUGGUCCCCACCCUCGCGAUUCUGCAGCUCUGCGCGCGGAGGGAGCCGGCUGCUGGAGUCGAGCGACGUACGCCUGCACAUCCUGCAGAGAUCAAUUAUCUUCGUCGACGAGUUUGUCGUCCUCGUCUGGCGAUGGAGUCGGGGAGCGAGGCGUGGUGGCGAUGAUGGGGGAAGCCAGAUAUUAGAGCUAUCGAAAGAGAGGGGGAGAGGGAUGGGAAGGUAUGGGAGAUGGUGGCCGAGGUUUGAUUGAUGUUUCAGAGUCCAUUGGUGGAGACGGGGUUCUCAUCCGGUCCGAGAUUAUUCCGACUUAUGGCUCAUCAUGUCCCAUGGCCACCACGUUACUUCUGCUUCGCCUGGAAGACAGGCAUCCUUCCAGUGCCUGGCAUAGCAUACGAGUCCGCCCUUCCCCUCGGUCCCUCUCCGAGGUACCGUAGCCGUGUUGUCAGGGCUUAUUUAGUGAUUGAUUCUGGACACUGCAAAUCAUCUCAUGAGCAAGUACGGUCACUCCCCCAUGUGCCUUAAUCUGCUUCAUCCCUCCCCCUCCCUCCUCCCCUUCGCCACGGAUGCGAUCCAGCAACGGAGACGAGUGUCUGCAGAUCGCCAACUCUGGAAUCCCGGGAGUAAAUUCCUUAACUCCCUCUCCUUAAUAUUGGAAGUGGAUGUUCUGGAGGGCAAGUGAGAUGUCAAGGCAACGAAAGGGGUGGAGUAAAAUUCAUAAUUCUGGUGUUGUUGUGGUCGCUUUUACUGAUUGAAUAAGUUCAAUUAUCCACGCCCGUGAAUGUCCUUCACGUGCAGAAGACAUCCAAUCAGUGAGGUACCAUGUAGACUACUGAAAAUCCAUGCAAAGUCAAGAAUGAUGUACUACAGGUUCAGAAGAAAACUGAACAAUACCGUCUGUGUAUUCACACCGUUCCUUGGAGUACUUUGUGAGUUUUGAGUGCCGGAAGAGCAAAGAAGUCUGAUUGAUUCUGAC